GUUGUUUUGAAGCGGGGGCAACCGAGCUGCCCAACUCAGGUCAGACAUCUUGCCUGAUACAACAUCGCGCAAACUCGUCCAAAACUUUGCUGGACACGCAGGACUCAGUCUUCUCUGAACAGCAGUGGAAGUGUAUUUCGCAGUAUGGUGCGAGCGUGGAUGCUGAGUUGCCCGGCUUUGCGCAAGUCUUGGAGAAACGACGGUUCGGCGGAAUCGGGAAUCCGACGCUGGAGGGCUCUGUCGUUCUUGGGGCAGGUUUUGGCACCACUGCCACACGCUCAUUGGCUGCCUUCGGACGCCAGCUUGGACUUCAGGUGCAUCACUGCAAGCAAGGGAAAGCUGAUGGAAUACCGCCAUUCUGGGCCCAACUCAUGAACCUGACGAAGUCUGGGCACCCUGGCGGCCCGGUCGGCUGCCUUGAGGCCUCUGACGCGCUGAACUUCUCAGAAGCACUGAGCUUUGGAGAUGACAUGCUCCUGGACACGCCUGUUGCUGAGCACUUUCUGGACCUCUAUGCUGUGUCUCCUCGAUCCAAGGUCAUCCUUACCGACCGGGACGCGGAAGACUGGGUGAAAGCUCGCCUGGAGUGGGAUGAGUCGAUGGCAGCCCCUAUGCAUGCGCCAUGCGGCGUGAAGUUGGCAAAGAUGAGCGCGGACAAGGCUGUCAGGCUUUAUGAG